ACUCUUUCUUCUGAAUGGCCAGAAAGCAUAUACAUCGUCCUCGUCUAUUGUCGGUGCCCCUGUUCUGUCCAAAACAACCAUUUUAACGGACUCCUCACCUAUCUUUCUCCCUCAAAUGGGCUACUAAACCAACCACAUUGCCCAGAUAAACCUCUCUUCCUCUAAACCUGUUCGUUAAUCGUUCCCUCCGGAUUUAGUAUCUUCUUUUUGGUGCAAAGAAAUACUAGAACAAACUAGAAGAACAGAGGCACCUGGAAUUGAGAUUUUGCAAUUUCCUGCAGAAAUCUGCUCCAGUUUCCCUGGCAUUGAUCAAUGCCAGGUGCUAUAUGACUUCUUAAGCCCCAGAACUUUCAAAGUUUUAUCGUGUUUUCAAGGUUUUUCUUCUUCUUGGCAGAUUAGAUCUGAACCAGAACUAAAUCCAAAAAAACCAAAGCGCAUUCUUUUCCAUAGAGAAUGGGGGAGAAGUCAAGGUCGAAAGGGGGUUGGUGCGGUUGGUUGCUUGUUUUAAUUGUAGCAGCUGCAAUUGCAUUUGGAAUUUUUGUAACGAUCAAGAAGAAGCACCAUGCCUCAAAGGGAGAGGCAGCCCCUGUUCCGGGGCCUCCCGGUGCUGUUACCAAGAAGUAUGCUGACGCUCUCCAUGCCGCAAUGCAGUUCUUAGACGUACAAAAAUCGGGGAAGUUGGUUCAUAACAAGAUACCUUGGAGAGGGGAUUCGGCUCUUGAUGAUGGAAGUCCCGCAAAAGUCGAUCUUUCCAAAGGAAUGUAUGAUGCUGGGGACCAUAUGAAGUUUGGAUUCCCAAUGGCUUACACAGCCACAGUGUUGUCAUGGAGUAUCCUUGAAUACGGUGAUCAGAUGAAGGUGGUAAAUCAAUUGGAACCUGCUCAAGACUCACUCAGAUGGAUCACGGACUACCUUGUCAAUGCUCAUCUUUCUGACAAUGUUCUAAUCAUUCAGUGUUUAUCUGCUUUAUUUUUCAUCCCAAAAUUGUGCUGUAUAAAACAUUGA